GAGCAAGGAGGAUUAACCAACAUGCCCCCUACUUUUGACACCUAGCGUUUCCUCAUACAUCCCAUAAUACUUAUCUCACAAUCAUGUUUUCUAUCGAUUACAGCGGCAAGAUUGUCUUUAUCACCGGCGGGGGUCGUGGUAUUGGUCUCGCCUUGACGGAGGCUUUCGCGGAAGCCGGUGCGACUAUUGUUGUUACUUACAACUCGCGAGACCCUUCGGAAUACGUUCAGGCCGUCUCAAAGAAGUUCCGCGUUCCCAUCCAUGUCUACCAUUGCCCCGCCGAGGACUCCAAACGCAUCGAUGAAGUGAUUGAGCUUGCUAGCAGGGAAGUGGGCGAGGUGGACAUUGUGAUUGCUAAUGCCGGCAUGAGUCAGUGGGUCGAAAUGAUUGACAUGAAGGAUGCCGACUUGCACAAGAUGUUUGACGUCAACCUCGUUGCCCCUUUGUUCCUCGCUCGUGCAUUCACCAGACAUUGGCUCGGUCUUCCAGCCACCAUUUCUGAGAAUGACACUGCCCAAGGGUCCAGAAAAGAUGUUGUCAAGCUCAACAAGCGGAUCGUCUUUAUUGCGUCUAUUAGCGGUCUCGUGAAUAUGUCUCCUCAGUAUCAAGUAGCCUAUAAUGCUUCCAAGGCUGGCCUUGCCAUGGCUUCCAAGUCUUUAGCCGGAGAAUGGGCGAAAUACGGUAUCACUGUCAACAGUAUCUCCCCCGGCUAUGUCUCUACCGAUAUGAUCAAGAACCCACCUCCUGGCGAAGGGGAGCGUUGGGUUGCCAGGUGGAAUGAGAUGACCCCUGUCGGUCGCUUUGCGGAUCCCAAGGAAAUUGGUGACACUCUGGUACUCUUAUGCUCCGACAAAGCGUCGACUUUCAUGACUGGACAUGACCUUGUGAUUGAUGGAGGUUACACUACCUAUUAAUUAAGGAACAUGGAGGACCAUAUCAGAUUAUGAACGUCUCAGAAUUAGAACUGAACGUAAGAGUGAAAAUACGAAUACAGUAACUCGGGAGAGGAAAAGCAAAAGACAAUAGAAAGGUCUAACAGACCGAUCUUUGUUGAGUUUCAAAAGUUGGGUUCCACAUUGAGAUACCUUAUCAUUAUUACUGGCAUGAAUCGUCUACUCCUG